AUGGAGGUGGAGGAGAUAAAGGAGGAGUUGAGGGAGAGAGAGGAAAGAUGGAACAAGGAAAGAGAGGAAGUAAAGGGGAGAAUUGAAAAGUUGGAGCGGGAAUUGGAAGGAUGGAAAUGGGAAAGAAAAGAGGGAGAGGAAAAGAGGAAAGGAACAUCAGAAAAAGAGGGAGGUGGAUUUAAGGGGGUAAGGGAAAUGCAGGAGUGGGAAGAUAGGGUCAAGAGAUUAAAGAAAAGAUGGGAAAUGAAAGAGAAGGGAGACAGGAGGCAAAAUUUGUUCUUGAAGGGUGUGAAAGGAGGUGAAGGAGACAUGAAGGAAAGAGUGGAGGGGAUACUAAAAGAGCUAGGAGUUGGUGUAAAAGGUAAAAUAGAUGAAGUAAGGAAAAUAGAGGCGGGCAGGAAGGAGAAAGGAGAGAUGGUAAUUGUAAGAAUGACGAGCGAAGAAGUUAAAAGGAGGAUUUUGGAGAGCAAAUGGAAGCUGAAAGGCAAAGAUGUAUGGAUAGAAGAAGAUCUAACUUGGGAAGAAAGGAGGAUUAGAUGGAAUGCCAGAAGAGUGGCAUUAGAGAGGGGUUGGAAGGGAAGCAAGGCGAGGGUCGGGUAG